UAGUGUCAUAACGCCUUGACUGUCUUCUUACUUUCCAUUUGAAAUUGUCAAAAAAAUUUCCUUUUUCAUAUUUUCAGUUUUGGUAUUGUGUAAAUUAAUCCUGUCAGAGGUGGUUAGUAACAGCCAUGCCAUUGAUUAAGUUGCAAUCCUCUGAUGGCGAAAUUUUUGAGACCGAUGCCGAGACAGCCAAGUGCUCGAACACCAUCAAGGCCCUGCUAGAGGAUUGCGGCCUGGAGGCAGAGUCGGAGGAGAAUCCACUGAUUCCCCUGCCCAAUGUCAACUCUUUGAUACUGAACAAGGUCCUAAUUUGGGCCAAGCACCACCAAGCUGACAUGGACUCGGACUUUGACAAGGAGGAGGACGAGGUUAAUCCCUUCUCAGAGCUAAGCCCCUGGGACGUGGAGUUUCUGACCAUCGAUCAGGGCACUCUCUUUGAGCUGAUUUUGGCGGCCAACUAUCUGGAUAUACGGAAGCUUCUCAAUGCCACCUGCCAGACAGUGGCCAAUAUGAUCAGAGGACACACGGUCGAGGAGAUACGCCAGACCUUUCACAUACCGAACGAUUUCUCGCCCUCCGAGGAGGAUCUCUUGCCCAAGGAGGAGGUGUCACUUGAACAGGAGGAUUUGGUCUCUCCAGACCUUUAAAUAAGGACCAUAAAUUACUUAAUAAAGUUUGUCAGAGAAACGGGACUAUAUUCUGAA